GUUUACAUCUGGUGGUGACGGACUGGGCCCUGCACGCCGGAAGACAAAGUGUCGGUGAAGUGUGCCCCUGACCUGCGACCGCCAAUGGACUACACAAACAGCCCGUCCAACAGCUACAGCGCUGGAGACACCAUGAGCUCCUCCUUAGCCAACAUGACCAUCAACCACCAGGAGAACGGGGUCCAGAUGGGACACAGAAGCCCCGGAGACGCCAAAAUGAAAGAGACUGAAGCAGCUCUCAGUGAAAACGGGGUGAAACCGGAGUCUGAACUCUGUGAUGACGCGGUGCCAGCUGCAGAGGCGUCUGCAGAGGAAGGCGGAGCUGAAGUGCCCGAGCUCUCAGAACUAGAGAGCACCUCAUGUGAAGACGCGGGGCAGCUUGCAGCAGGAGGAGCAGCUUCAACAGCUCAAGCAAAGAUGGAUAACGGCUCUGCAGAUAAGACCAAACUGCCCUCUUCCCUUAAACGACCAUCCAUGGUCUACAGGGGCAACAAAACACACACUUCCUCCCGAAACGGCCCCAGCUCCAUCCCCGUUAAAGCCAGCAGCACGGGGCCCGGAAGUCUGGGUGGUGCAGCAGCAGCCAAAUCUUCUGCCAGAACUGCAGCUCAUGCAGCUAGUGCCAAGAAACCUCCCACUCCAAAAAAUGGAAAAGAUGGGAGUGGACAGAGCAGCCCUGGCACUCCGAAAUCUCCCGCUAGCCAAGCGAAGGCGGCGGCCGAGGCCAACCGAGUGAAGAAGAUCGCGGUGGUGCGUUCCACGCCCAAAUCCCCGGGCUCGCUAAAGAGCCGCCCUCCGGCCCCACUGGCUGCAGCGGCGCCCAUGCCGGACCUGAAGAACGUCAGGUCCAAGAUCGGCUCCACAGACAACCUGAAGCACCAGCCGGGAGGCGGAAAGGUCCAAAUCCUGGAUAAGAAGGUGGACUUUGCUAACGUCCAAGCUCGUUGUGGAUCUAAAGACAACAUAAAGCACACGCCCGGCGGAGGCAAGGUACAAAUUCUUGAAAAGAAGCUGGACUUAAGCAAUGUGCAGUCCCGAUGUGGCUCCAAAGAUAAUAUAAAACAUGUACCGGGUGGUGGAAAUGUUCAGAUUGUGCACAAAAAGAUCGAUCUGACCAACGUUCAGUCAAAAUGUGGAUCGAAAGCCAACAUUCGUCAUAAGCCAGGUGGUGGAAACAUCGAGAUAAAAAAUGAGAAGCUGGAGUUCAAAGUUCAGUCUAAGAUCGGCUCUCUGGACAACAUCGGCCACGUCCCCGGAGGGGGACAGAGAAGGAGGGACAAGGGGAAGGAAGCAGAAGGGAGUACCUCAGACAGCCCCUCAAUCCCCUCCCCCGCUGUCACCCCCCCUCAGUCACCUCAGACUGUCCCUUCAGCACCCAUCACACCCAUCUUGACGAACCCGCUCAUAAAGAUUGAGGACUCCUAUUGAGAGCCACAAACUAAACUUCCGUGAGGUGGCCAAGGCCCGCACUGACCACGGCGCCGAGAUCAUCUCUCUGGAAGACUCCCCCCACCAGCUCAGCACCGUGUCCUCCUCCGGCAGCAUCAACAUGGCCGACUCUCCGCAGCUCUCCACGCUGGCUGACCAGGUGUCCGCCUCUCUGGCCAAACAAGGCUUGUGAAUGCACCCUCCCUCCUCCCCCACAUCCUCUUCCUCCACUUCCUCCACCUCAGCCACACGACCACGUAGAGGAGUUGUAAUGCCUUCCUCGUUAUUGGUACAGGACUUUUUUAGCUACCCAUCACUGUUUAUCCUUCACUAACCUUUGAAAACUGUUCUCGAGGCAUUACUUGUAGACAGGAAAAACAAACAGAUAAGGCCAACAUGUAUGCCAUUUCUCUCCGUGGGUCUCUUUAUUUGCUAUUUCUACCUUUUGUAAGUCUCCCUUUAAGAGUCAAAGCACCCAAGCAGAGCAUAACUCUCCGUGUGAAUCUGAGGAUGUUAUCUUCAUACAUAUCCUGGUGAAUCUGACGUCAUUUAACUCGUGGUUUCCUGUCACAUUGACUGUAAACCCUUUAGAAAGUUAGGUUUUUAAUGUCCCCUUUGACGGGUGUCCCCUUAGAUUUCUUUUGAUAAAACUUGGAAGAAAUGGAGGCAGACUGCGGGGGUCCAGCUUGUGCUAAAGCAGAAGGAACAGUUAACAGGGUAUGGUGAGGGGUGUCUGUCUGGGGAAAACUGGUUAAAAUGAAAAAGUAGCAACGUUUUUUUUCGUCAUGGCAGGAAAGAAAAAAAAAAAUGCUUUCAGACCUCAGUGCUGUCUUUGCUUUGUGUAGUCCCAACACGACAGGGGUGUAACCUAAAAAAUAAAAUAAAAUGGAACGGCUAGACUAGAAACUUUGGUUUGUGUUGGGCACAGUUUUAUAAUCGUAUUCUGUGGAUAUAUGACAUGUAUUUGAUAUGAAGAAACAUUUGUAUUGUGCCUGCUACUGUCAGUGUUAUUUUACUUUUUGUUACUGCUCGGUUGUAAAUGGGCUAAAGUUUGAGGAGGAAACCUUAAAGGAACACUCCACCGUUUGUUGUAAUAGGGUCUUUCACCGUCUCCUCUAUAUUUAUAAAGGUGGGCAAACGUAUUUUUGUCUCAGUGCAUGCAUUGUC